AUGCACUUCCACGCCGUUCUCUCGUCCGCCCUCCUUGCUGCCACCGUAGUCUCCGCCAAAACGAUCAACAUCAAAGUCGGCGCCGAUGGCCUCACAUUCACGCCCAACUCGACCACCGCGGACGUUGGCGACAAGGUCGUCUUCACCUUCUACCCGCAGGACCACAACGUCGUGCAGGCGUCCUUUGCCGAGCCCUGCAAGCCCUUGGCCGGCGGCUUCUACUCGGGCUUCCAGAAAACGUCGAGCGGGCCCGCGGAGAAGGCGUUUGUUCUGACGAUCAACGACACCAGCCCGAUAUGGUACUACUGCGGUCAGGCCAAGCAUUGUGAGAGCGGGAUGGUGGGCGUUAUUAAUCCUGCCUCGACUGGAAACAAGACACUGGAAGCAUUCGCCGCUGCUGCCAAGGAGGUCAGCAAGAGCGAGAACCCGACGAGCGAGCCCGGCACCGGUGGUGUACUUGAGGACGUCUCUUCUGCCAACUCCACCAGCGGCAGCUCGUCCAGCACGGGCUCUGCGUCCGGCUCGACGUCGACGUCGACGUCGACGUCCAUGUCAGCGGCGUCUUCCAUCGUAAAGAGCCCGAUUGUGGCCGUUGUGGCUGCUGUUGCAGGUGCAGCUGCUUGGAUUCUGUGA